CCGGCCGCGUACCCGGCGUGGCUCCAGUCUCCGCCCAGUCGUAGGCGCUGGCCGCUGACAUGUUGAGGACGACGCGCGGCCCAGGCCUGGGCCCCCCGCUGCUCCAGGCCGCGCUGGGCCUCGGGCGGGCUGAGUGGCACUGGCCUGCGAGCCGGGCGGCGAGCGGGGGGCGCGGGCGGGCCUGGCUGCAGCCCACGGGCCGGGAGAUGGGCGUGCAGGUGUACAACAGCCUCACCGGGAGGAAGGAACCCCUAAUCGUGGCGCACGCCGAAGCCGCCUCCUGGUAUAGCUGCGGACCAACUGUAUAUGAUCAUGCGCACCUUGGCCAUGCUUGCUCAUAUGUUAGAUUUGAUAUCAUUCGAAGGAUCCUAACCAAGGUUUUUGGAUGCAACAUAGUCAUGGUGAUGGGUAUUACAGAUGUAGAUGACAAAAUCAUCAAAAGAGCCAAUGAGAUGAAUAUUUCCCCCGCUUCCCUCGCCAGUCUUUAUGAGGAAGACUUCAAGCAGGACAUGGCAGCCCUGAAGGUUCUCCCACCCACAGUGUACCUGAGGGUAACCGAAAAUAUUCCUCAGAUAAUUUCUUUCAUUGAAGGAAUCAUUGCUCGUGGGCACGCUUAUUCAACGGCAAAAGGCAAUGUCUACUUUGAUCUGAAGGCUAGAGGAGACAAGUAUGGCAAACUGGUCGGCGUGGUCCCUGGUCCAGUCGGAGAGCCAGCGGACUCUGACAAGCGUCAUGCCAGUGACUUUGCCCUGUGGAAGGCGGCCAAACCCCAGGAGGUAUUCUGGGCCUCUCCCUGGGGACCCGGGAGGCCGGGCUGGCACAUCGAGUGCUCUGCCAUCGCUAGUAUGGUAUUUGGAAGUCAACUGGAUAUCCAUUCAGGUGGGAUAGAUUUAGCUUUUCCACAUCAUGAAAACGAAAUUGCACAGUGUGAAGUCUUUCAUCAGUGCGAGCAGUGGGGAAAUUAUUUUCUGCAUUCUGGGCAUUUGCACGUGAAAGGCAAAGAAGAGAAAAUGUCCAAAUCAUUAAAAAACUACAUCACUAUUAAGGACUUUCUGAAGACCUUUUCCCCGGAUACCUUCCGAUUCUUCUGCCUGCGGAGCAGCUACCGCUCAGCCAUCAACUACAGCGACAGCGCCAUGCUCCAAGCUCAGCAGCUGCUCCUGGGGCUGGGCUCUUUCCUGGAGGACGCACGUGCCUACAUGAAGGGGCAGCUGGCCUGCGGCUCCGUCAGGGAAGCCAUGCUGUGGGAGAGGCUCUCCAGCACCAAGAGGGCCGUGAAGGCGGCCUUGGCAGAUGACUUUGACACACCCAGGGUGAUUGAUGCCAUCCUGGGCCUUGCACACCAUGGGAACGGACAGCUCAGGGCGGCCCCGAAGGAACCUGGAGGGCCGAGAAGUCCUGCUGUGUUUGGUGCCAUCAUCUCUUACUUUGAACAGUUUUUUGAAACUGUUGGAAUUUCUCUGGCAAAUCAACGGUGCGUUUCAGGAGACGGCAGCGAGGCUGCCUUGCGUGGUGUGGUGGACGAGCUGGUGCGGUUCCGGCAGGAGGUCCGGCAGUUUGCACUGGCCAUGCCUGAGGCCACGGGGGACGCCCGGCGGCAGCAGCUCCUAGAGAGGCAGCCCUUGCUGGAGGCAUGCGACACCCUGCGCCGGGGCCUGACUGCCCACGGCAUCAACAUCAAGGCUGGAGUGCAAUGGCGCGAUCUCGGCUCACCACAACCUCUGCCUCCCAGGUUCAACCUCUGCCUCCCAGGUUCAAGCGAUUCUCCUGCCUCAGCCUCCUGAGUAGCUGGGAUUACAGGCAUGCACUCCCACGCUCGGCUAAUUUUUUAUUUUUAGUAGAGAUGGGUUUUCUCUAUGUGGGCCAGGCUGGUCUCAAACUCCCGACCUCAGGUGAUCCUCCUGCCUCAGCCUCCCAAAGUGCUGGGAUUACAGGCGUGAGCCACCGCGCCCGGCCCAUGCUUCUUUCUGAGUAGAGAAACCCACCCCCAUGAAAAAUGAGGUGGGAGGGCCGUGAGGGAGGGGCCAAGCUGGCUGGAGAGGACACUGAGCAUGGGGACGUGGGUCCUGCUCAGCCCCCGCCACCUCCUGCAGGUGCCGUGCAGCUCCUGGCCUUCUGCUGGAGGCAGUGGGGCCCUUUCUAAGCGCCCGACAAGCUUUUCAGGACAGGCCAGUGAGGGAACAGGCACCCUGAACCUGAUUACGCCCAUCAGCCCCCUGUGCCACGUGACGUGGUGUC